UCAUGGCGGCCGACAGGACGUCCAAGAAGAGGGCGCGGCCCGAGGCAAUCUCUCCCAAUGGCAGCGACGACCACGUCCUCAGCACGGCGAACAUGCCCAUCCGCACCGCCAAAGACGCUGCGCUGGGUGAACUCGGUCUCGUCGACUUUCUACAACACGACCCACGACCGACGUGCAUCAUCGACACGGCGGCCGGCUACAUCGCCUAUCGCAAUCCCGCCCUCGAACGACUGCUCGCCAGCACAUGGAACCUCCAGCACUUUCGCGACUGGGCCACCGCCUUGAGCCAACAACUACAACCACACCCACAACCCGCAACCUACGGAGGAAGAGCAUGGAACUGUAUACUGCAAAACCACAAAUGGCUCGUCGCCAGCGCCCAAGAAGAUAGUCCCGUCGCUCCCUCCCCUCCCAUCACGCACCGCGCAGCAGCGCCAGCACGCACCUCGUCGCAGAACAGCCUCAAUACCCGCGCCGCAUCCCAACACAGCAGCAGCAACACUGGCACAUCCUCAUCCGACUCGCGUCGCCAGUCGGUCGCUUCGUCGUCAUGGCGCACCGUCUCGGAUGAAGGUGGCCAGCGCUACCUCGACUGGACGCGCAUUCCCUCUCCCGCCAUGUCGGCCCACAUGCACCUCGUGCGCAGCUUCCCCUGGCAAGACACAAGCAUCGGCAGCAUCCACUCCUGGCCCGAUGCCCUCCGCCAGGCUGUCCUCUCGGCAAUGGCCAACCCAGACCCCCGUCUACUGCUCUGGGGUGACGACCACAUCAUGAUCUACAACGAGGCCUGCAUAUCCAUGUUCGGCGAGCGACACCCCCGUGCCCUUGGCUCAAAGGCUGAAAACACUUGGUCUGACAUCUGGCCCGACAUGCAAAACUUGCUCAAGUACGUGCAAACCGAAGGACGAGGCACCCGUCUGAAUAAGCUGCCUCUCGUCAUGGAGCGCAAUGGAUACCCCGAGGACACCUUCUGGUCUUUCAACCUGAUUCCAGUCAUCGGCGCGCAUGGUUCUACUAUUGGCAUCACCGAUGAGUUUUCCGAAGUCACAGAUCAAGUCAUCAGCGACCGUCGCAGAGACGCCAUUGUCAAGAUCAACAGGUCGAUUGCCAGAGUCAACAGUGUCAAAGAGUUGUGGUUCGAGUUCCUCGAGGGUCUUGAGUCUUGCAAGGACGAUAUUCCAUAUGCCCUUCUCCACACAAACCACGCUGCUGUCGCCGAUUCGUCUGUACCAGACAGCAUGUCGGCCUGUUCCGGUUCCAGUCCACAACGCUACGCCCUUGAAGGCUCUAUCGGCCUUGCCGCUGGUCAUCCUGCCGUGCCUCUGACCUUUGAUCUUGCCGACUGCGCAAACGACCAGAGCCCUCUUGCCCGUGCUUGCUACAGGGCCUGGAAAUCCGACGACGUUGUUGUCUUGCAGCUCAAAGAUGGCAGUCUGCCAGAAAUUCUCAACCAAGGUGUUCCUGGCCGAGCCUCGGGUGACAAAGUCCAAACCGUCUGCAUCAUUCCUCUACCGGACAUGACAGGAAGCCACACAAUGGCCUUCCUGACUCUGGCAAUGACUCCGCGUCGACCAUACGAUUCCGAAGCCGCCAUGUUUGCUUACUACCUCCGCGAUAUCCUGGUCAAGUCUGCCUCAGCCAUCUGUCUUCCCGAUGAACAACGUCGCGCUCGUCAAAAGUUCGAACAAAUUGAAGCUUCCUUGGCUCAACAGCUUCGUGCAACAACUCUCGAAACCGAGCGUCUGGAAAGUCGAUUUGCACGCAUGGCCCAGAUGGCCCCCAUAGGAAUGUACGCCAUUACCCCAGACUCGCGUACCACUUUCCACAACCAAGCCUAUCUGGAUAUCACCGGUAUCAAUGAAAGGUCAAUCGAGGCACAGACCGAUCCCGCCGAGUACAUACACUCUGACGAUCGUGAGAGAGUCAUGAAUGCUNGGCUCCAGUGUUUGGAGGACAAGCAGUCAUUCACUCUCGAAUAUCGCGUGAUCCGUCCAUGGUCCUUGACCGAUCCCAUCUCGGGAGAGACUUUCGAAGGCGAUACUUGGGUCUUGGCCACCGCAGCACCGGAAAUGGAUGAAGAUGGUAAUAUCGUUCAUGUUCAGGGUUGGUUGCUCGACGUCAGCGAUCGCAAAUAUCAUGAAAAGACUCGAAUUCAACAGAUCGAGGUCGAACAGUCGGAAACAAGAUUUGCUCGUCUAGCUGCCGAUGCACCUUUGGGAAUGUAUCUCUUGAAGCCCACUGGUGAACCUUUAUAUCUCAAUGAAGCAUACUUUGGAAUACUCGGCUUCACUAGAGAAGAGUUUGAGGAAGCUCAGCGACGAGGUCUCGGCUGGGGCGACAGGAUCCAUGAUGAUGAUCAAGCCAAGGUCGGCGAAGCAUGGGUAGCCUUGGCUGAGAGAGGCAUUCCACUAAACCUCGAAUAUCGUAUCAAGAAACCCUGGAAAUACUUCGACGAGGCAACUGGUCUCGAGAUGAGUGGCGAGACCUGGCUUCAGGGUACAGCCAUAGCUGAGAUUGGCAUCGAUGGUUCAGUCGUUGCGAUACAAGGCUUUGUCACAGAAAUAUCCAUGAAAAAGGCCUCUGAGCGUCUGCUGAGCGAGAAGCUGGAGGACGCUCUCGAACACAAACGUCAAGCAGACCGAUUCAUCGACAUGACUUCUCACGAGAUGCGCAACCCGUUGUCAGCCAUCUUACAAUCUGCCGAUGGCAUUUUGACAACCCUCGAGAACAACAAUCGUCUAGGCAUCACAGCUGGAACAACAACUUUUGGUGGUGAUGUUCUCGAAACCGUUCUCGAUGCGGCUCAAACUAUCAUUCUUUGCGCACAGCAUCAGGGUCGUAUCGUGGAUGACAUUUUGACCCUGAGCAAGCUUGACUCAAAUCUGCUAGUUGUAUCACCUGACACGGUGGAUAUGCCAUGUUUGCUGGAGAAAUGCUUCAAGAUGCAUGAAGCCGAACUGAUUAGAGCCAAAAUUAGCAUUUCCCUCCGUGUUCAUGAAGGCUUCCGCAACUUGGCCGUCGGCAAAGUAAUGCUUGAUUCUAGUCGGUUACUGCAGGUCAUUAUCAAUCUUCUCACCAACGCCAUCAAAUUUACCCAAUUCGCCAGCCGCAAGGNNGAGAUUACAGUACACUUGGAUGCCUCCUCGACCCGACCGAAGGAGGGCAUGUAUGGAGCUUCUUUCGUUCCCUUCCGCGCGAAUAGGCCCGAACAUCACUUCACGGCAGAAUGGGGAACUGGUGAUGAAUUAUUCUUGUCAAUAUCUGUUCAAGACAGUGGGAAGGGCAUGAAUGAGGAAGAGCUAAAAUUGCUUUUCAACCGCUUCUCUCAAGCCAGCCCCAAAACAUACAAGCAAUACGGAGGCAGUGGUCUCGGCCUCUUCAUCUCAAGAGAACUCACAGACCUUCAAGAUGGCCAAAUUGGUGUACACAGCGAGCCUGACAGAGGCAGUACUUUCAGCUUCUACAUCAAAGCCAGAAGAGCCGUUGACGACGAUGAGACAGUCACAGAAGGGAAAUUAACUACUCCAACACUCAACACGUCCGUUACCUAUACUCGGGACCCUGCUUCCAACUCCCUCGAAGCAACUGUCGACCAGGUUCAACACGACAAGACCCAAAAUGUGAUCCGCAAGAUGUCUGCGGUGGCUCACGAUCUUACCCAGGAGAAGCCACAUCUCCAUGUCCUUGUGGUAGAGGAUAAUAUUAUCAACCAACGGGUCAUGUCUCAACAGUUGCGCCGACUAGGCUGUACAGUUCAUCUCGCAAACCAUGGUCUUGAGGCUCUGGAGUUCAUUCGCAAGACCUCUUUCUGGGCAUACCGCCCACUCCCAGCACGUAAUGAAGAAGCACCGAGUCCGAGGACCGUACCGCAAUCCGACUUUAUCCCUCUUUCUGUCGUCCUCAUGGACCUGGAGAUGCCAGUUCUUGGUGGUCUUGAAACAGUCAAAAGAAUCAGAAGCCUGCAGAGCGAAGGCAGUAUAAUCGGUCACAUUCCUGUCAUCGCCGUAACGGCGAACGCGAGGAGUGAACAGAUUGCCGUUGCCAUUGAUCAUGGCAUGGACAGCGUUGUCACGAAACCAUUCAGGAUCCCUGAGCUGGUGCCACAGAUGGAGGAAUUGGUCAGCAGGGUACAACAGGGCAAGACCGGCAGAUCCUCUAUUGUGAAAGGA